ACAACGGAGAACAAGUUCUGGUUGAUGUGGAAGAUAAAACCAACAAAGAAAUAACUGAGCACAUUAGAAAAAUCUUGGGGAAAAGCAAAGAGACACUUGAAAAAGAGGAAAAAGAAAGGAAAAAACUAUCACCUCCAGCAACUUUUGGGCCCAAGAAGUACCAUCUGCGCGAAUGCAUGUGUGAAAUUGAAGGUCAAGUUCCCUGCCCUGCUGUUGUGCCACUGCCCAAAGAGAUGAGGGGAAAAUAUAAAGCUGCAUUUAAAAAGGAAGCAUCUGCCUGA